AUGGAACAUGCCCCUUCAACAGCAACAGAAAAUGCAACUAAAUCUGCAAAUGCAAAUAAAACUAAAACUAGAAAGGCUACUAAAAGUGCAGAUGCAACUGCAAUUGGACAUACUACCGCAACUUUCACUGCGAUUUUAACUGCAGAUGCAACUGCAACUGCCCCUGCCGCUGCACAUUUAGAAGCAGCUGCAAAUUUACCCGAUCCUGCAUUUGCACAUACAACUGCAACUGCAACAGCAACUGCAACUGCAAAUGCUUCUAAAACUACUUAUGCAACUGCUUUGGAACAUUCUACUGCAACUCGAACUGCAAUUUUAACGGCAGAUGCAACUGCAACUGCACAUGCCAUUGUAACUGCUACUGCAGCUGCACAUUUAUAUGCAACAACAAAUUCACGCUUAACAAAAAUUGCAAGAAAACGACAAUCGCACAUGCAACGCCAAUUGCUAAUAAUACGAAAAAUGAUACUGCAGCUGCAUAUGCAAAUUUACAUAAAACUGCAACAGCAGAGGCCACAGCAUAUGCUACAAAAGCUGCACAUAAAGAAGCCACCUCAACAGCAGAUUCCACUGCCUUUAGAGCUCACAGGCAACUGCACUGCAAAUGUAACUGCAACUGCAACAGCUACUGCAGAUAAAACUAAAAUUGCAUUUGCACAUGUAACUGCAAAUAUAACUGCACAUUUAAAUGCAAAUACAGCAACAUAUAUCUAUGCAACUAAAAAUAAACAUGCUACUGUUACUGCAACCGCAAAAUUAAUUGCAACUGCAUCUACAUAUGCAAAUAAAAAUUCAUAUAAAACUGCAACUUCAACUGUACAUGCUACUGCUACUUUAACUACAACUUCUAUUGCAGAUGCAACUUCAACUGUACAGGCUACUACAACUGCUACUGCAGCUUCACAUUCAAAUGCAACUGAAAAAUCACCUGCAACUGAUAUUGCAAAUGCAAAUGCACAUGCAACUACAACUACAACUGCAGAUCAUGCAACUGCUUCUGCAACACGAACGUAUUUUGCAACUGCAACAACAUAUGCCCAUAAAAAUAAACUAACAACUGCAAUUGCAACUGCACAUGCAUUUGCAAUUACAAAUGCAUAUGUUACUGCUGUGCACAUGCAAAUUUAA